AGAAAUGUAAAAAUACCCCAAUUGUUAUCCUAUUUUUCUAAGAAACGUUGAUAUUUGUAGACGUGGGAAAAAUAUAUAUAAUUCUUGAUUAUAUUAUCUUUCAUAACACAGCUUUCGAUACACGAUUCAUAACACUUCGCUCGAUACAAUUUAUUCCCAAAGUAACCUCCAAUUCGAAUUUAUACUCCAACUUUACUUGUUUCUUUACUAUGUGACACUAUGAAACAAAAAAAGGAGAAAAAUCAAUCAUAACUAUAACAAUAAUUUGACAGCUUUAGAAAAACGAUAAUUAGAGGCAAUAUUUUUAAAAUAAAUAAACAUCAACUAAUUCUAUCGUAACAAAAUAUUGACUUCGGCCUGCAUGCUCUAUCUCCGUCCGUCUUUCGAAAUGAGACAGUGAUGGCUGAGCGCUCGUGCCAGACGGACCUGUACUACGUGUCCCCAAAACAAAUAUAAGAUUUAGUUAUAAAAACUGUUCUGUGUUGUGUGUCCUAGCACCUAGCUAGCUAGCUAGUUGUGGCUAGUGUGUGUUGUGUGUAUACCGUGUGCACCAAAACCUAUAAUGGGUAACAAGCAACUCAUUAAAAAGAAGACAUCUCGAAAAAGACAACUCAGAAGAUUCCAACAAACAAUGGAACAAACGAAAAGAAGAAAAUUGGAUAAUUUCACAGCCGAAGAUGAUACUAUAUCUUUAGACUACAUCGAACUGCAAAAUAUGGAAAUGGAAUCUCCGAUUUCAUCAAAGUUGAAAGUCAGUCAAAAUAACGAUGAGGCGACCAGCUCAAACAUUUUGAACCCACGCAUUGCACAGGUGGAUGACACUUAUCGGGUUCCUAGUCUAUUAGAGGAAGAAGAUACCCAUGAGUUACAAAUAUCGUUCGAUUUGGAAGAAGAGCUUCCUGACAAAACCGUCGGUCGAAGAAUUGUUGCAAUUAGUAAUUUUUUUACAAAAUUACAAUCGAUUUGCAAUCAUGGACCCUUAGGAUGCGGUAUUCAAGAAAUGCAGUUGGUUGGAGAAGUAAAACAUGGGCUAACAUCAAAAUUUUUGUUUCGGUGUCAACUAUGCAAGAAGAAAUUUUCUAUACCAAGUGAUGACUGUGGAGAAAAUUACUUGGGAGUAAACCAAUGUGCUGUUGCAGGCACUAUUGCAAUUGGUUGCGGACACUCACAGUUGCAAGAGAUGCUGUCUUCCCUAAACCUGCCGUUGAUAUCCGACAAAACUUAUGCUGAAUGCCACGAUAAUUGUAGCGCGCAUUGGGAGCGUGUAUUAGAAGAAUCAAUGCAUAAAGCUGCUGAAGAAGAAAAACAAUUGGCAUUAGAAGAAGGUCGCGUAAAGAAUGGGAUUCCGAAAAUAGACGUAGUUGCUGAUGGCUGCUGGAGCAAAUGUUUGUUUGCCGUUUGGAGUGGUGAGAAAGAAAAACUAAAAACUGAAAUAAUUGUCCGGGAUGAUCAGUUUUGGUCAGAGAAGAUGGAAUUGAAAUUAAAAGAUUUUUAUAUACGGUGUAUACUUCCAGAACUGAUAGACCCGAGACACCCUCGUGGGUUACCGAUUCGGAACCCAAUCCAAAAUGAAGACAAGGAAAAUCAUAAGCCAGAUGAUAAAAUAGGACAAGACAUGGCUUCACCUAGUAUAUGUUUGUCUAUUCCUACUUUUUCAAACCCUGUUGAUAACUUGCAACCUGUAUGCUCUAAAUAUUUAAAUUUUGAUAGUUAUUGAAAAUAUGUGAUAUAUAAUCCCAACAAAAAAAUAAAUGUGAAAUGAGAUUUCAGGAUUUUCUACACAGCACAGAACUUGGCGCUCUCAACUCUUUUGUCAGCGAGUCAACAACGGUCAACGACACAUAAUUGAACUUGGCUCUCAUUUCACAUUUAUGUUUUUGUUGGGAAAUCAUUACUUUUGUACAAAAAGUAAGAAAUUACUAGUGUUAAUCAUAAAAGCAGUUGUGCUGAAAACGAGACCCUCGCUAACGCGCGGUCAACUGUCAAAAAAUUUCAGUUUUCAAUAUUUUCUUUUUUUAUACGCCUUUUAGUCUACCUUCAUGCCAAAUAUCAAGUUUCUAGGUUAUCUAAAAGUGGGUUAGGUUUUUGGUAAGUCUUAGGUACUUAAUUAAUCGAAUAAUUAUGAAUAUAUGAUUUUUUACAUCAAAUUAUCAAUAAUUUUCAGUUUUCAGAUUUUUUCCUCUAUACGAGUAUACUCCUAAUGGUCUACCUGCCAAAUAUCAAGA